AUGGUGAGCAUUUUUUCAGUAUACAAGUUUAUUCUGCAUGGAAUUAUGAAACUAGUUGGGGUGAGACCCCAAACUGUCGAAAUAGAACCAGGAACGAUCAUGAACUUCUGGGUCUCCAGUAAUAUCCCCAACAAAAUUGAAAACACACCAAAGAAAUCGAAGCCAGCCGUGGUGUUCCUUCAUGGCUUUGCAAUGGAUGGUAUUUUCACAUGGCAACUUCAAGUGCUAUCUUUGGCCAAAAACUACGCCGUUUAUGCCCCGGACUUUCUCUUCUUCGGGGGAUCCAUCACAGAUAAAUUGGAUAGGUCACCGGAGUUUCAAGCCGAGUGUGUUGCCAAGGGUUUGAGGAAGAUGGGGGUAGAGAGGUGCACCUUGGUGGGGUUAAGCUAUGGUGGGAUGGUUGGGUUCAAAAUGGCUGAGUUGUACCCAAAUUUGGUUCAGUCCAUUGUGGCGACUUGUUCAGUUUUGGCUUUGACCAGAUCCAUCAGUGAUGCUUCUCUUGAGAGACUUGGGUUCAAAUGCUGGCCUGAUUACUUGCUUCCUGACACGGUCAAAGGUGUGAGAAAUAUGUUUGAAAUUGCUGCUUACAAGUUUCCUCAUCUCCCUGAUUGGAUUUACAAAGAUUGCCUUGAGGUUAUGUUUGGCAACAGAAAGGAGAAGGAAGAACUUCUAGAGGCAUUGGUAGUUGAUGACAAGGACUUUGCUAUUGCUGAUUUUCCACAGAGAGUGCAUCUUUUGUGGGGAGAGAAUGACAAAAUUUUCAACAUGGAAACAGCCAGGAACCUAAGAAUGCAAUUGGGAGGCGGCGCAAAACUACAGUCUAUAAAGGAGGCAGGCCACCUUGUUCAAAUGGAAAGACCCUUCGUUUACAACAAGCUGCUCAAGGAAAUUCUUGCUUCUUUUUCAGAAGAUACUGCUGCUAAAUUCAUGGGUACCUAA